AUGGAAGCCAUCGCCAAGUUUGAUUUCAGUGCUUCUGGAGAGGAUGAGUUGAGCUUCCAGGCUGGAGAUAUGCUGAAGGUUUUGAGCUCCCAGGAAGACUGGUACAAGGCUGAGCUCAGAAGUCAAGAGGGCUAUGUUCCUAAGAACUUCAUUGAUUUUCACGUUCCCCCCUGGUUUGAUGAGAGGAUAUCCCGCCACGAAGCAGAGAACAUCCUCAUGAGCAAAGGAGUUGGCUCCUUCAUCGUCCGAGCCAGUCAGAAUUCUCAUGGCGACUUCUCCAUCUCUGUCAGGCAUGAAGAUGAUGUGCAACACUUCAAAGUGAUGAGGGAUUCAAAGGGUAACUAUUACUUGUGGACAGAGAAAUUCCACUCGCUAAACAAACUGGUAGACUACUACAGGACAACUUCCAUCUCCAGGCAGAAGCAGAUCUUCCUGAGGGACAACAACCGAGAAGAGAAGGAGAGGCAUGGUGGUAGCUCGGAACGGAUGAGCCGGGAAGGAUUCCACCUGGGUGGAACAGCUGGAGAAGAUCAUUCUUCUAUAUCCAAGAGAUACGUAGAGCAUCCUAUCCCUAUACUGCAGCAGGAACAGGAUAGAUAUGGCGGGAGUCUGGACAGGAAAGAUGGGCUGCGUGGACUAAGGGACCACAGCCAAGGAAGUGCCGCAGCUAUGCAAUGGAGACACACAGACACCUACCAGCAGACACCAAGAACACUAUGGGUCCGUGCCUUGUAUGACUUUGAUGCUGUGGAGCAUGACGAGCUGGGCUUCCGCACUGGAGACAUCUUAGAGGUCCUGGACAGCUCCAACCCAUCAUGGUGGAAAGGACGUCUGCGUGGGGAACUGGGUCUCUUUCCUGCCAACUAUGUCACACCAGUGCCCCUGUGA